UGCUCGGUGCCAGCUCCUCCUUAAAGGGCCAGCGCCGCUAUUUCCCUGCCGGGGCGGGAGCGCAGCCAUGUGGCUCCCCCUGCUGGGGCUGCUGCUGCUCGGGGCGCCGGGGCAGGGGGCGGGGCAGGAGGAGGAGGAUGAGAGGCGGCCCACCCCCUGCGAAGUGUGCAAGUACCUGAGCCUGGAGCUGCAGGAGACCCUGGCGCAGAGCGGCCGCUCCAAGGAGGUCCUGGAGCUGGGGCAGGUGCUGGACUCGGGCAAGCGGAAGAGACGCAUCCAAUACAACACCUCGGAAACCCGACUGGCCGAGGCGCUAGAAACCGUGUGUGAGCGAUUCCUGCAUUACAGUGUCCAUGCCGAGCGCCCGGGCAGCCUGCGGUAUGCCAAGGGUCAGAGCCAGACCAUGAACACCCUGAAGAACCUGGUGAACAAGGGGGUGAAGGUGGAUCUGGGCAUCCCCCUGGAGCUCUGGGACGAGCCGUCGGUGGAGGUGACGCAGCUGAAGCAGCAGUGCGAGACGAUGCUGGAGCAGUUCGAGGCCGUGCUGGAGGAUUGGUACUUCCACCACCAGGAGACGGCGCUGGGAGCCUUCCUGUGCGAAGGGCACGUGCUGGCGCCGGGGGAGAGAGGGUGUCUGAGCGAGGUCUGGACAGGGAGGAAGGGUGACGAGGGAGCCCAGGAAGAGGAGGAGACGGAGGAAGAGACGAUGGAACAACCCAGCCCACCCACCAGGCAUGCAGCUCAUGACCCCAGGGAACUCUGAGCGGUGGGGCGGGUUGGUACAUUCACAGGGAAGGACUUUGACACCCCUGGAUGCCUUCUCCACCCUCCCCCACAGGGGCUGGGGGGCCCUGCUGGGGACUGGGGGGCCCUGCUGGGGACUGGGGGGGAGGAAGGGAUCUGCCUUUUCGGUGCCUUACGCACAGCGGCCUGGGGUGGGGGUGGAAUUCCCCUUCCCCCCGCCCCGUUGUCGUUCUGUCCGUCUGUUCUGUCUCUGUCUGUCCAUCUCUGGUUUUUAUACAGAAAUGCCGGGUUCUGG